AAGAAAACUUGGGUUUACAACUCAAAAAAAUUGAACUAAACAGUGGUGUGGCGGGGAGCUCUCCUAAACUUCUUCCAUACCCUUUCAUUCUGAGACAGAUGACAAGGAACAUGGAAGCAACACAAGAAUUCUCCUCAGUCCCAAAAGUCCAACUUCAGCAGAAGUACUGGGUAACAGAAGAUAGUAAAGCUAAACUGCUGGCGGUUGGUGCCAAAUGUUUGGAGAUAGUCACUCACAGAGAACAUUAUUACGAUACUAAUUCAGAUGACCUAGCAAUGGCUGGGUUAUGGCUUAGUCAAAGAAAUCAACAGUGGCAUCUUAUACUAGAAUCUCAGGAGCAGAUGGACAGAGAUAAUAUUGCAAACCAGAACAAACCAGAAAAUAUUCAGUAUGCUAAACCUGCUGUCUACGAAGAAAAGAAGCAAACACAAUUUGAGCCUAAUAAUCAAAAUGAUCAACAACUUGAUUUGAUUGAAACAGAUAGUACAUAUACAUGUGCAGCAGCCAGUUCUGCAUAUACUGAACUAGUCGAAGAGAGAGAGAUAAUUACACAUCUGGCAGACUUUCUUAACAUAGAUUUGAAAUUUGAGGAAGAAGCAAACAUGACCAUGGAAGACUUUCUGCAGAAGGCUGGUAUCCAGCAUUAUGCAAGCAAUCAUGUUAUUAAUCAAAUAACAUAUAAACUGUGUGACCAGUACACAAUUAUAAUUCAAAGGGAUGAAAGCUCUUUGAAGGAGUCUGCAACUAUAUUGUUAGAUAUGGAUAUUUUAAAUAUUUGCAAAGGCUUUGAAGAAAUGGAAAAAUUAGCGAAUUACCUGGAAUUUGGACAUCCAACACUUCAAAGUGAACAGGAACUGCUCAUGUAACAA